GUCAUUCAACUGAUUCUAAAAAUGUGUUUAUAAACCACUUUAAUAAUCACAUCGGUCCACUCUAUACAUGUGCAAACGAACCUGAACAACAAAAUAAAUAAAUGUGUAAUUAAUGAGAAUGCCACAUCAUGGUUAACCAGCUGAGAACCAGUAUUGGAAGUGGAAGUAAAAUACCAGAAAUAAACACACUAUUCUCGCAAGAGUAUGGUAUCAAAAUUCAAAUCAGUAUUUUCCAAACACUGUUGUACUUUUUGGAGAAAGUGAAAAGUGCUAAGCAUUGUAUGAAAAGUGACGCUUAUGUUUUCUGGUAAAUCCGACUGGAUUACAAUAUAUACAGUUUUUAAAAGUGAAAAUCGUAGUGGAUUGUAGUUUGCCGAAUGUUUUAGGGUUAUGUUUGUGUCAGUGUUUUGACUUUUUCAAGUACAAUGGCAAAAAAACAAUAUUUGUGUUUUUUUAUUUGGAUAGUAUAUUCCAGUGUGGUAGCACAAGUUGGAGACAAAUGCACGGUGGGACAUUCUAAUCAAGUAGGUGACUGCAAGAUAAUUUCACAUUGCCCACAAGCCGAAGAAGAAGCUAAAAUUGGAAUCGAUCCAACUCUUUGCGGGUUUUUUGAAUUGACAACGCCAAUUGUAUGUUGCGGAGUCAAUUCAAAUCCUCAACCGAAUGAGCUGAUGCCAGAAUCUAGUAUUCCAAAUUCUCAACCAAGCAGUGACAAGUCCCAAGUAAAUGAACUGAGUAGACCUGAUUUCGUAUUUCCCGAUCAUCAUUCCAGCUCGCAUAUAAGCUCCAACGGAUUCACUGGACUCAGCGAAGCUAAAUGCGAGGAGUAUAGUAAAGGAGUAACUUCUGUCGUGCAAGUGCUACCAUUGGUUACGUACCCAAACCCAAUAAACUUCACUGUGCCAAAAUGUGAUUACAACAGCGUGCCACUCAUAGUUGGAGGACAGCCAGCCUCAGCUGGGGAGUUUCCAUUCAUGGCAGCUAUUGGUUUCAACACGACCGAUCAACCAUGGAGAUGUGGAGGAACUUUAAUUAGUGAACGAUAUGUCCUCACUGCUGCUCACUGUACAUUCACAUCGGAUGCGGGCCCACCAUCAGUUGUUCGCCUUGGUGAGCUUGACCUAUCCACAGACAAAGAUGGAUCAGAACAUAGAGACUACGCUGUUUCAAAAGUAGUCCUGCAUCCCGAAUACGAGUAUCCUUGGAAAUAUAAUGACAUUGCUCUUUUGAAGACAUACUCAAAAGUUAUAUUUACUAAGUUCAUAAGGCCAGCGUGUUUAUACACAAGAACUGAUAUCGAAUAUAACACUGGUGUAGCAACAGGUUGGGGAAGAACUGAUUUUGCGGGAGAAAACAGUGACAGACUCAUGGCAGUCACUCUCAACAUCUUCGAAAAUGAACGGUGUUAUAGAACUUAUCAAAGCAACAAAGAUUUGCCGAAAGGGAUAACUUCCAGUAUGUUAUGUGCAGGGGAACUUAAAGGAGGAAAGGAUACGUGUCAAGGCGAUUCUGGAGGACCUCUUUUGAUAACGAAGGAAGGAAAUCAGUGCAAAUUCUACAUCGUAGGCAUAACGUCAUUCGGAAAAUCUUGUGGGCAAGUGAAUACUCCGGCGAUCUACACCAGAGUUUCCGAAUACAUUCCAUGGAUCGAACAAAACAUAUGGUUUGGAGACAAGUGUACUUUGAAACAUAAUAAUCAAGAAGGCUACUGCAAGAUUAUCUCACACUGCCCACUAGUCCAAGAAGAAGCUAAGACUGGUUCGGAUCCAACUCUCUGCGGAUUUUUUGAAUUGACCACUCCAAUUGUAUGUUGUGGCUUCAAAUCAAAUCCGCAACCAAAAGGGUCAAAAUCUAGCAUUUCAAAAUAUCAUCCAAGCGAGAUUAGUAGUCGAAGCCAUGGAAAAUAUUACCAACAUCCCAGCCUAGAUAUGAAUUCCAGAGGAAACAUUUCAAUCAGUGAAACUAAAUGCGAGGAAUACACUAAAGAAGUAAUUUCAUCGGUCCUGGUAAUUCCCCUGGUUCCUAAUCCAAUUCCAGUAAACGCCAUUAGUCCAAAAUGUAAAUACAACAACAUUCGACUCAUUGUUGGAGGACAGCCUGCAUCCCCUGGGGAAUUUCCAUUUAUGGCAGCUAUUGGUUUCAACACGACCGAUCAACCAUGGAGGUGUGGAGGAACUUUAAUUAGUGACCGAUAUGUCCUCACUGCUGCUCACUGUACAUUCACAACGGAUGCGGGCCCACCAUCAGUUGUUCGACUUGGAGUGCUUGAUUUAUCCAUCAAUAGAAACAGGUCAGAGCAUAUGGACUAUACCAUUUCAAAGGUUGUCUUGCAUCCCGAGUAUAAAUAUUCCAUGAAAUAUAACGAUAUUGCUCUUCUGAAAACUUACUCGAAAGUAAUAUUCACAAAAUUCAUAAGACCAGUAUGCUUGUACACCAAAAGCAUCAUCGACUAUCCAACUGGAGUAGCAACAGGUUGGGGGAAAACAGAAUUCGCUGGGGAUAACAGCAACAAACUUAUGGCAGUAACUCUUGAUAUCUACCCAAAUGAACGAUGUUCUAAAAUCGCGGAAGUUGAUAGUGAUCAAUUGCCAAACGGAAUAACCUCGAAUAUGUUGUGUGCCGGAGAUAUUCGAGGAGGGAGUGACACUUGUACAGGCGAUUCUGGAGGACCUCUCUUGAUAACGAAAAACGGAAAUCAAUGCAAGUUUUACAUCGUGGGAAUAACGUCAUUUGGAAUAUCUUGCGGGGUAGUAAAUACUUCUGGAAUCUACACCAGAGUUUCCGAAUACAUUUCAUGGAUCGAGCAAAACAUAUGGUAGAUGAAGAAACAUUGAGAAGUUUCAAAUUUUCCAUUUUGUGAUUUCGAACACAUUCUAAUUUUAAAAUCUUCUCGCCAAAGUGAAGCUAGGCAGAUCUAUUAAUUCGAUGGAAUGAAAUUGAGAACUAUUGGCUAUGUUCAUACUACUUUUAUAUACGAUCUGUGUUUUACACGCAUGCUGUGCACCCGAAGCGUCACGAUAAAUAACGAAAUUAAUAUUAUCAAUAUAUUGAUAUAAUCUAACUAAUGAAGUCGAGAUGAAAAAUAACUGAAAAAGUAGUAGUCAUUAUAUGUUAAAUUCAAAUGUUUUUUCCAAAAAUGCUAAACAAAGCAAUAUGUUUCAAAAUAUCGAAAACGUUUAUUGUAAAAACGCGCAAUUUUCAAUCCAUAUGCAAAAGUUUUGUGGCUUAUGAUAUUUUUAGUUUUUCAACCAUUAUUUGUAUAUUGCACCUGUGUUCCUAUCUUCUUAAAAAUAUCUCAGUUUUGAUAAUACUGUAUUCCAAACACAUUUUCUAUAAAGUUGCGCCAUAUAAAAUGUAUGUUUUUCUACAAAAUCCAAAAUUAAACUUUGAUCAAAUGAGA